AUGUCAACCAAAGGUUGUCUCUCCACCUCCGCCUCCCCUUUCUCUGCUGAAAAGGACGUCUGCCCGGUCGCUCCUGCCAUGGAGGGCUCUGGUGGAUAUAAUUACACGCGAGGCUCUGUCGCCGAUGUAGGCUUCAGGUACCAGUCUCCGCAGGGGGCCAGUGCCAGUAGCGGACAAGGUAUUCUUGCUGGGUUCGUCGCUGGCGGACAUGAAAUUAGACCUGCACCUUUCCAUCAGGCCUGUAUACACCCAAAACGUGGGUCGACUGCUGGAAAGGGUGAAGCAGGGGCGAAGAAUGGAUUGGCUUUCUUCCCAAACACACCCACCUCUCCCUCGGCCUCCGUCCCAAAUUCCGCCCCAAAAAUCACCAUCGGGGCAGAGUUCUACAACACACCUCCCUCGUCGGCUCCAACCGUCGCCCCAGAUUCCCGCCCUCUCCCACCGGCACCCUACCCAUCCCCGUCGGCACUCCCACCACCACCCUCCCCAGAAUUCAGGCCUCUCUCCCCGUCGGACUACCCCCGCGCACCACCACCCUCCUUGGCCGCUCCUUCCCCAGAAUACAGUCCUGCCUCCCCUGUGUGGCCACCACCAUCUUCACCACCAAUGCCGGCACUCAGUGCUCUCCCUGUCAUCCAUGUGACAGCUACGGCGGAGCCGUUUAAUACUGCGCUUGAGAUGGGGAUGUUGAAUAGCGGUUUUGAUGGGGAGUUGCCAAUCGCUGGAACAAGUCAGGGUUUGGUUGAGAGAUGUCGCGCUUGGUUGUUAUAG